ACCAGGAAGUUUGCGGUUCAUUUCUGUUGAAUCUACCAGAAGUACGUCUCGUCGUUUAACUUAUUUCCAUCGAAGAAAUGAUUGAUUUAUUCUGUGAUUUAUUGUAACGGUCGAUACAAGAUAACAGGCAAUGAAAGAUAGAAAACUACCAGAAAACUCUACUCCAGAUUGAACUAAGUGAGGCAGCUAGCCAAUACAACACUUGAUGUCCAUAAUGGCUCAAAACAAUUACAAUGAGAUACCUGCUGAAAUUAUCAAUGCAAUCUUUGAAAUGUCAAAAGGCUCAAGCAUGCUUUUGAUCGGGAAACUGAAUCGACCAUGUUUCAGAACGUUUGUUCUUUCAAAAGAUCUGGUUUAUCUUCAUUGGCAGGCUCCAAGAGAAAAAUCAAGUGUUCUUAUAUCACAAAUCACACAAGUUCUUGAUGGAAAAACGACAACCUUUUUUAAAACUAGUGAAAUUCCUGAAGAUUUCAAGGUCUUAUCAAUAUCCGUGUUGUAUUCAACGGAUCAAGGAGAAGAAAGUCUUAAUUUUAUAUGUGAAGGCAAGAAAGAUUAUGACACAUGGCUCACUGGUUUGAAAGCCUUAGCGAACGGUAUCGAAGAUAAAGAACUUCUGCAAGAACUAAUCACUGGUGACGAGGAUAACGACACAUCUGUUCAUGGAAUCGUUUCCAAGUUGAAUGGAAACUCCAGCAUGCCCAGAAACCGUACAACCGGCAAUGGAACUGGUGGACAUUCAACAACGUCUGUUCGUUAUAACGCGGAGUUGUGUGAUUUGUAUACAUGGGGUGAUGGCACAAGAAGCAAACUGGGACAUGGGGAAGAAAUAGAGGAACAUAGACCAAGGAUGGUGAAUGCUUUAUCGAGAUUAAAUAUGAAACUAGUAUCUUGUGGUGCCAACCAUAUGCUCUGUGUUACUGAUUCUGGCGAGACACUUUCUUGGGGGUCUGGAUCUAAAGGUCAACUUGGUCAAGGUCAUUUGCGUGAUAGAUUCACACCAUUACGGGUAGAGGCAUUACAACAGCAGAAUGUUGUACAGAUAUCAUGUAAUCAGUAUCAUUCUGCUGCUGUUACUGACGAAGGAAAAUUAUAUACCUGGGGUUAUGGCAGUAUCAAGCUUGGAUAUGAGACAGGAAAUGAAAAACAAUUAACUCCAAAAGUUGUUCAAAGCCUUGGAUCACAUAGAGUGGUUCACGCGUCCUGUGGAAAAGAUUUUACAAUGGCUUGCACGAGUGAUGGACAGUUAUUUGCAUUUGGCAACAAUAAAUUUUAUCAACUUGGUCUUGGUGAUAGUUUACCUCGUCGCGAGCCCACUUUGGUUGAAUUUGAGAAUAUCAAUGAUGAAAGUAUGGUAAAAGUGGAGUGUGGAGAUUACCACACCGCUGUCAUGUCUGACUGGGGUAACGUUUGGAUGUGGGGAGCAAACGAAUACGGUCAGCUUGGUACAGGAGAUGAUUUUGCGAUGUUCAGCAAACCUUGUAAGCUCCAGAUUUCAGAGGACAACAGUUCAAUUACUCUUAUUACUAAUAUCAGUUGUGGCAGUCGCCAUUCAGCUCUCGUCACAUUUGAUGGUUUGUUGUACUGUUUUGGAGACAACACUUUUAACCAGCUGGGAAAGAAAAACACAACGGAUGGUCCAGCGAAAUGUAAUAAGCCAGAAAGAAUAAAACUUCCACUUGGAGUAAGAAUCAAGCGAGUGUCUUGUGGAGCAUAUCACUCUGCUGCCGUGUCAGAAGAAGGCGAGAUAUUCACUUGGGGCAAUGGCUCUGAUGGUAAACUUGGACAUGGCGAUCUAUCACCGAGGUUUCAACCAACGCAAAUAUUGGAAUGUUUUGAAGGAAAGCGCGUGACGUCAGUUUCGUGUGGUUUCGCCCACAGUGCGUGUACAGCGGCAAUACGCUCUGAAAGAAGUUUGGUUAAAAAAUGUAUGGCUUGUUUGAAGAAGUUCUCGAUCAUUCAGAACCGUUGCCGUUGUCAUCGUUGUAAUGGGACAUUUUGUUCAUCAUGUGCGCCCAGAAGACCUGUUCGUUUGUGUGAUAAAUGCUUUAAGAUAAUGGCAGACCAAAACCCUUAACAAAUUAGACGUGUUUCAUAGGGAAUAUUGAAACAUAUAUAUUGAAAUUUGAAAAAAAUAUUUUAAAGUUCAUGUAAUCAACUCCAUGAUUUGGAAUUGUCUCUAAUGUGACCAGACAGUUGAAUAAACCUAUAAUUGCCAUUUCAA